ACUUUCGGUACAGAAGAUAAGGUCUCAAUCUUGAUUGUGCAUCUUUAUGAUAACCAUAGCUCCGUUGCGGCGGAUCUAUCGUAUUCGGUCUUUCCUAAGCACAACAUAAUUAUGCGUAGUGUAAACAUCACUAACCAUAGCAAGGGUAAUAUAACGGUCGAAUCGCUAGUCAAUAUGAGUGUGGACUUCCCAUAUGAGGACAUGGACAUGAUCAGCCUUCGGGGAGACUGGGCAAGGGAAACACAGCCUUUGGGAGCACUACUGGCUAUGCUUCUCACCUUCAUAAUCCAUUCCUUGCUAUUAUGGACCCCGCCAGUACAGAAUCCACUGGGUUUCUCACUGGUCUAUUCGGGAUCCUUCGCUAUCGAUGUUGAGAAAGGUUCUCAGGGCUUUACACGUGCUCUCAUUGGAGUCAAUCCCAGUCAGCCAUCCUGGUUAUUGGGCCCUAGCGAGUCUCUUAUCUCCACUGAGUGCGUCGCUGUUUAUUCGGAUAAUGGAGUUGGCAGGAUGUCUCGCUCGCUUCACAACCUCUAUCAGAAGAACGUCAUCAAGAACAAGUUUGCAACAAAGGACCGGCCUGCUUUCUUGAAUAGUUGGGAAGGGCUGGGUGAUACAUUCAAUGAGUCUACUAUCUAUCGAUUGGCCAAGGAUUCGGCCGCACUUGGCAUCAAGCUUUUCGUUUUGGAUGAUGGCUGGUUCGGUGAUAAGUACCCUCGUACCUCUGACGAGGCCGGGCUGGGCGACUGGGUUCCGAAUCCCAAACGUUUUCCUGAUGGCUUGACUCCUACCGUGGAUAAAAUCACAACUCUUAAAGCUGCUAAUACCUCCACCAAUCUGUGCUUUGGACUAUGGUUCGAACUCGAAAUGGUGAACCCGAAAUCGACUCUAGUGGCGUUGCAUGCCGGACCUUACCCUCGCAAAGAAGCUCACAACCAAUUUUUUUUGAAUAUUGCUUUACCUAAGGUCCAAGAUUUCAUCAUCAACUCUGUCUCUAAUAUUCUGAACAGCUCCGAUAUCAGUUAUGUCAAGUAG